AAAUCCACCUAUGGGAAGACAAUGUGAAAGGUAAAAAGCUCAUUUCAAUAGGAUUAUCCACAUGCAGCCCAUUGCAUUGCUUCUGUUCGUGUUUGAUGGAUUUAGCAGAGGCAUAGGUGAUCUUUUUUCCUUUCAGCUUGGUUCAUGUUCAAAAAGAAAAUUGCUUCAUGGGUAAAGAUUCUGGUUAGAGUUCUGGAAAUUUUGGCAUUGAAAAGCUGCUAUUAUCAUCUGUUUAUUUAUAUUUUCCUUAUAUUUGAAUAUCAUAGAGAAACCAAUGCUUACAAAUACACAUGGGAGACAAAAUUAACAUGCAAUUGGUCUCACAUUGGUAGAGGCUUUUGAUGUGCAGAAAGCCAGCAACCUUCUUUCAACAUAUACAAUGAUCCAACAUUGAAAACUUUUAGAAUUGUGAGAGAUGAAAGUGAAAGUGGAAGUGAAAAUCUUAAAGUUUUAGAGUAGUUUGACUCGUGACAUCAAGUUAAAAGAUUAAGCUAAUCAAACUUCAAAAGCAUCUUUAGCUGCCCCAUUUGUAGGUUUAAACCUGAUUAUGGAACAUGACAUGAAACAACAAGUGUCAUAAUGGGGACCCCACAUUUUCCUUUGUUUAUUUACGUAAAGGAAAAUUCUUCAGCUUAUAAUAACUUCCCACAGAGAGAGGGAGUUUUCAAAAGCUAAAGCCUCCCCUGCAAUCAGUUUCAGGAUUUUAGCAGUGACAUAAGUUUCCUUGAUGUUUCAUGGAUUACCAUAUCCUGUUUGUUGGUGAUAAAAAGCACUACAAAAAGCUCCAUCUUAGGUCCCACUUUCUUUUCCCUUCUCACAGGAAAAAUCGUGAAAAGCGCCCCAUUUAAGCCCAAGAAAUCUUAGUUUUCAGUUAAUCCGAAGGCAAGAAGUCUUGUUCCCACUGCGCGUGCCGCUUUAUCUUCUUUCUUUCUCUUUAUAUAUAGCCAUUGGUUUUAGCCUCCACAUCCUUCAAAGACAUAGCCAAACCAAAACGUGCAAGUUAUGGGUCCUCCUGACUUGUUAAGUUUGGCCCUGUUGAGCUUAUGCCUUCUGGUCUUGGUGGUUGAGCCUCAUAGAGCAUAUGGCUCGAGCCGUGGUUCGUUUGGCCUAAACAAUGGUCCGGCCACUCCAGCAGCCAAUGGAAUAUGCGCCACCUCAGUGACUAUCCACGGUUACAAAUGCAAGGAAUAUGAAGUGAAAACCCAAGAUGGCUAUAUCCUUAAUAUGCAAAGAAUUCCAGAGGGACGUGACGAUGGGAGUACUAGCACUGGAAACAAGAAGCAGCCAAUACUGAUACAACAUGGUGUCCUUGUGGAUGGAAUGGCAUGGCUCCUGAAUUCACCAGAACAAAAUCUACCAAUGAUUUUGGCUGAUAAAGGUUUUGAUGUUUGGAUUGCUAACACUAGAGGGACUAGAUUCUGCAGAAAGCAUGUUUCCCUUGACCCUGGCCAGCCGGAGUUCUGGAAUUGGUCAUGGGAUGAACUGGUGAGUUAUGAUCUACCAGCUGCUUUUGACUUUGUGUUCAGCCAGACAGGGAAAAAGAUUCAUUACAUUGGUCAUUCCCUGGGAACUCUUAUAGGUUUAGCAUCCUUCUCAGAAGGCCAUCAGGCAGACACACUGAAAUCCGCAGCCUUUUUAAGCCCAAUUGCAUACUUAAGCCAAAUGAGCACUGCACUUGGUGUGGUUGCUGCUAAAGCCUUUGUUGGUGAGAUCACUACAAUGUUUGGAGUAGCAGAAUUCAAUCCAAAAGGACAGCAAGCGUCAAUCUUUCUCAAGUCCUUGUGCAAUUAUCCUGGAGUUGACUGCUAUGACCUAUUAAGUGUAAUUACUGGUAAAAAUUGCUGUCUCAAUUCCUCCACGGUUGACCUUUUCAUAAAGAACGAGCCUCAAUCCACAGCAACCAAAAACAUGGUGCACUUGGCUCAGACUGUUCGAGAUGGGGUAAUUGCGAAGUACAACUAUGGCAGACCAGACUAUAAUCUGAUGCACUAUGGAGAAGCCAGACCACCGAUUUACAACAUCUCCAACAUUCCUCAUGACCUUCCCAUCUUCAUUAGCUAUGGAGGCCAAGAUGCCCUGUCUGAUGUUCAAGAUGUUCAGCUAUUGCUUGAUGGUCUCAAGUUCCAUGAUGUAGACAAGCUCAUGAUUCAGUACGUCAAGGAUUAUGCCCAUGCGGAUUUCAUUAUGGGAAUAAACGCCAAGGAUAUUGUGUAUAAUAAAGUUAUUCAGUUCUUUAAAAAUCAGCUAUGAUCCUUCAAAGAUUUAAUUGUUUUUAGUAUUUUUUAUAAUAAUAAUAAUA